AUGGCAUCGCUCUAUACCACAAUUGUGUCCUUUCACUUCACUGGAGCAAAUAUGAUACCAUCUGAGAAGAAGGCGGGAGAUGCCACAGUUCAUGAUCCCGAUACGGUUGAAGGCACGAGCGAAACAUACAUAGAUCCCGCGAAAGAGAACCGCAUGAUGAGGAAAUUCGACUUUUACGCCAUCGGGUUGUUAGGUUUGUUCUACAUGAUGGCCAACUUGGACAGAAGCAACAUCGGCAAUGCUCAAACCGCUGGAAUGCCGGAAGACCUAGGCCUAGUGGGAAAUCAGUUUGGGACUGCUACAACCUUGCUAUAUGCAACAUACGUUCCGUUUGAAGGCCCAAUAGCAGUUCUUUUGAAGAUUGUUGGACCUAAACCUUUGCUUUCUACAUGUGCAUUUUGUUGGGGGGUUACUACACUAGGCAUGGCUUUCAUAAGGUCCUGGAAAGGGCUCUAUGCCUGCCGUUUGCUUAUGGGAUUAUUUGAAGCUGGUCUCAUGCCCUGUAUCAAUGUUUACAUUGCACUUGUUUACAAGAAGAGCGAGCGCGGCAAGCGGUCGGCCGCCAUUUUUGCAUUCAGCGCAUUUUCGAGCGCCUUUGGUGGACUGCUCGCAUAUGGCCUGACACAAGUCCACGGGCCCAACGGGUGGCAAGGAUGGCGUUGGCUCUUUGCGGUCGAAGGAUCCAUGACUCUAGUCCUCGUGCCACUAUUCUUAUUCCUUUUUCCAAACCAGCCUGCAGUGGCGUGGUUUCUAAGUACUGAAGAGAAAGCCAUGAUGCAAGCGCGUUAUGAUAACGAUCCCCACUGGGGUCAUAACGAUGAAUUCACAUGGGCCGAGUCGCUCAGUGCAUUCACUGACCCGAAGUGGUGGGCAUUCUGGAUCUACCAGUUCAGCUCCGACAUCUGUCUCUACGGCUUCACGACAUUCCUUCCGAAGAUUGUUUCUGGACUGGGGUAUUCCGGAGUGGAGGCAAACUUGAUGACCAUUCCGAUUUAUAUGGUUGGGCUCGUCUUCUUCCUAUGCAUUGCGUAUUUCUCGGAUCGGGUAGGACUGAGAGCUCCGUUUCUGAGUAUAGCUAUCAUAUGUCUCAUUAUUGGAUAUUCAAUCUUGAUCUCGGUAGAGAGCCUGAAGGUCAGGUUCUUUGCCUGCUUUGUUAUUGCCCUCGGUAUUUAUCCGACAACUGGGCUAUCUAUCAUGUGGCUACAAGACAACACAGCGCGACAUUUCAAGAGAGCCACAAUGGUAGGCAUGACCCUUUGCUUUGGAAACACCGCUGGUGUUGCAGUUGGCCAAAUAUUCACGACACAAUCUGCGCCACGAUAUAUGAUGGGCCUAUCCAUUAGCCUUGGGUUUUCAGUAGUGGCUUUGAUCAUGGUGGCGACCUUGACGAUCGGAAUGGCGAUAGUCAACAAGAAGCGGGCGAGGAAAAUUCGCAGAGCGGAAGACUUAGGGGAAGUUUUGCAAAGAAAACCAGAACAAGGGGACUAUGAUAUUUACUUUCGCUAUUCACUGUAA